GUCACUGUCUAUUUCUCCAUGGAGGAGUGGGAGUAUUUAGAAGAACACAAGGAUCUGUACAAGGAUGUCAUGAUGGAGAAUCCCCAGUUCCUCACACCACCGGAUGGAUCCAGUCAGAGAAAUCCACCAGAGAGAUGUCCCAGUUUUCAGUAUUCCCAGGACUGUCCAGAGGAAAAGCAGAAUGUCCCACUGGAUCAUCAGGAAAGUUCUGGUGGAACGAUGAGUGAACUCCAAAAACCCGGAUCAGUGUCACUGAAUGGUAAAGAUAAGAUGGGAGACUCAAAUGGACAUCUCAUUUUAUUUAAAGAAGAUAACAAUGACACACAAGCUAAUCCAAUGACUCUUAACGUUCCCUUAGACCUUUACAGUGGAGAUCUACCCACCGAUACUGCUGAACACAAGAAACUUUUAUCUAUUGAAACACUGAUUGUCAAAACAAGAACUGGACCCAGAGAAGGGAAAAUAUGUGGAGAACAUUUUAGAAAUAAAUCGAAACCGUCUUUUCAUGAAGGAAUUCACAAUGAUGAGAGACCGUUUUCAUGUUCAGAAUGUGGGAAAUGUUUUGGCAAGAAAUCCUAUCUAGAGGAACAUCUUAGAAUUCACACAGGAGUGAAGCCAUUUUCAUGUCCAAUAUGUGGGAGAUGUUUUAAUCAGAAGUCAAGUCUUAUGGAACAUCGGAGAACUCACACAGGGGAGAAACCAUUUUCAUGUUUAGAAUGUGGCAAGCGUUUUGGCCAAAAAUCGGUUCUUUUUAAACAUCAGAGAAUUCACACAGGGGAGAAGCCAUUUUCAUGUCCGGAAUGUGGAAAGUGUUUUAGUCAGAAAUCAAAUCUGAUAGAACAUCAAAGAAUUCACACAGGGGAGAAGCCAUUUUCUUGUUCACAGUGUGGAAAAUGUUUUAGCCAAAAAUCAGGUCUUCUUAAACAUCAGACAGCUCACACAGGGGAGAAUAAAUUUUCGUGUUCUGAAUGUGGGAAAUAUUUUUGUCAGAAAUCAAAUCUUGUGAAACAUCUACGAGUUCAUACGGGAGAGAAACCAUUUUUAUGUUCAGAAUGUGGGAAAUGUUUUAACCAGAAAUCGAUUCUUGCUAAGCAUCAGAGAAUUCACAGAGGAGAGAAGCCAUUUUCAUGUCCUGAAUGUGGGAAAUGUUUUAGUCAGAAAUCAAGCCUUAUGGAACAUCAAAGAAAUCACACUGGGGAGAGGCCAUUUUCAUGUUCACAAUGUGGGAAAUGCUUUAGCCAGAAAUCGGGUCUUAUGAAACAUCAUCUGAGAACUCACCCAGAGGAGAAGCCAUUUUCAUGUCAUGUAUGUGGGAAAUGUUUUGGUCAGAAAUCGAAUUUUGAGGAACAUUUAAGAAUUCACACAGGAGAGAAACCAUUUUCAUGUUCAGAAUGUGGCAAGUGUUUUGGCCAGAAAUCAGUUCUUGCUACACAUCAGAAAACUCACAAAGGAGAGAAGCCAUUUUCAUGUCCAGAAUGUGGAAAAUAUUUCAGUCAGAAAGCAAAUCUUUUGAAACAUUUAAGAGUUCACACAGGAGAGAAACCGUUUUCAUGUUCAGACUGUGGGAAAUGUUUUGGGCAGAAAUCAGUUCUUGAUAGGCAUAAGAGAACCCACAGAGGAGAGAAGCCAUUUUCAUGUCCUGAAUGUGGCAAAUGUUUUAGUCAGAAAUCGAAUCUUAUGGAACAUCUAAGAAUUCACACAGGGGAAAAGCCAUUUUCAUGUUCUGAAUGUGGCAAAUGUUUUAGCCAAAAAGCAGGGUUUGCUAAACAUCUGAGAACUCACACAGGGGAAAUGUAAGAACUGUUGCAGAUGUGUGGAUUUAUUGUUAGACCUGUUGCCUAAAGGUGACCGUACACAUUAGACAGAAGUUGGUUGAUGGUUGAACAGCAGUUGAACAAACAUCUGGUGAGCAUUCGUUUCAUGGAUGCAGCCAUAAACAUUUUAGUCCAUAUUGGAUAAACUGGUUUCUUUAACAGCUAAAACUUGGUCUAGUUCACAUGGUAAUUAUAAAGGACCCUUUGGACAACAUAAGACUCUACUCAGGAAAUCCAACCAGUAGAGAUGCUGUAAUAGAAUAGGAUAUGAGCCACACAUGCAUAAACUCUCCCACUUAGUCGGUUUUGUUGCAUUUAUAAUCAUUGACAUCACAACAACUUGUGCUGGAAGUGAUAUACUUGAGAUGUAAAUAUAAUAAAUAAAUAAAAAUACAAAUAAAUGAAAUAGAAUGGC